CCUCACUGACGGCGGCAGGGCCCAGCCGCACUGCGCGGCCGUAGUGGGCGGGAGGCAGGGGGAGAUGCGGUCGCCGGCGCUACCGCAGCUCUUGGUGGGGCCGCUGCUGGUGUUGCUGGUGCUGCUGGAGGCCGCCCGCUGCGCGGAGGCUGCGGCCCCUCGCCCCCGGGACGCCGCCACCGCUUCCCCACGCUCAACGGAGGCGGCCGGCGGGGCCUCCACGCGGAGCAGCAGCAACAGUAGUAGCAGCAGCAGCCGCCUGGCCGAGGUGUCGGCGCCGCCCGAGCAGGGCCAGCCCAUGACCCAGCGCGCCCUGUCCGUGCUGGUUCUGGCCAGCGCCGCCCUCAUCGUCUACUUCGUGAUCCGGACCGUGCGGCUCAGAAGGCAAAAUAGAAAAACCCGAAGAUAUGGAGUUUUGGAUAUGAACAUAGAAAACAUGGAGCUGACCCCAUUAGAACAAGAUGAUGAUGAUGAUGAUACAACACUGUUUGAUGCCAGCCAUCCUCGAAGAGAAGUACGUGCCUUUCAUUGAAAGAACUUAAUCUUAGAACCAGAGAAGGAGACUGCUUCAUGGGAGAAAUAAGAAGCAAGAGGGUAUGCAAGUGGGGGGGAACUAAUUUAAUUUGUGUAUUUUGGCAUCCUUAAUAUCUUGCAAUAAGUAAUGUAUCAAUUUGUUGUAUCUUUUUGUAUAUAGAGAUUCUCAAUAUGUAGCUUAGGGGGAGAGAGUACUAACUGUGAUAAGAUAAAAACCUAUUUAAAAUGGAGAAUCUUUGUAAAACAGGGUAUUUUUUGCUUGUUAGAAGUCUUGUAUGCCAUUAAGCAUGGUAUACACUUUUUUCCUACAGUAACUUGGAAUGUUAAUUUUUUCUUCUGAUAUUAAAUUGUAAGUAAAUAAAGCCACUGUGGAACUUCUCAGAAUUGUUAGAACAUGACUUUAAUUGAGUAGAUGAUUUAUUGUUUACCAAUAAAAAGCCAAACCACUGCCUUCUGUGUUGAGAAUUUAAACAACUGAAUUAACAUGUUUUGUUCAUGUAAACUUCAGUGAAAAAAUAAAAUGUGUUUACAGUG